AUUUCCCAGACGAGCAGGGCGAGGUCUGGACCACGUGAGUGCAGUCGCCAUCCGGAGCCGAGAGAGGAUGGACUUCCCCAGCUCCCUCCGCCCCACGUUGUUUAUGACCGGCCCCCUUGGUCUGAGCGAUGUCCCUGACAUGUCCUUCAUGUGCAGCUGGAGAGAUGCACUGACCCUGCCAGAGUCCCUGGCCCAGAACUCCAAGAGUGGGGCGCCACACUUGGCCAAGAGCCUGCUCUGGGAGCCGGACACCCCUGGGCCCCUUCCCUUGCUGCCUCCUGGUCCCGAUCCCUGGGACCCCGGCCUGACUGCACAGGACCUGCUUUUCCGGGGAGGUCCUAAGUUCCGGAGACAGCCCCAAGCUGUGCUGGAUGUUACUGAACAGUUCAGCCGGUUCCUGUGGGACCAUGGGGACAUAGCCUUUGCAUCCCUGGGGAAACUGAUGCUGGAGAAUUUCAAACUGGAGGGAACACGGAGUUACUCUAAGAAGAAGACAGUGGUCAGUGUGAAGAGGAUACUCCAGGACCUCGGUGGACACCAGCCCUGGGGGUGUCCCUGGGCUUACUUCAGCCACCGACAGCGCCGGUUCUCCAUCCUUGGGGACCCGAUCCUGGGCAAAUCAGUGUCAAACCUCCUGGGAGAGCUGUUACAUGAGGAGCUGGCGAUGCGAUGGGAGCAGCUGCUCCUAGAUGAUGCUUUCACCGGAGGCGCAUUGGCCUGGCUGCCUGGAAGGACGCCCCGGGUCAGACAGCUGGUGUACCCUGCAGGAGGUGCAUUGGACAGGCUGUAUUUCCAAGAGGUCCGUCUGACCCCAGGUGGUAACCCUCGGAUCCUUGGGAACCCUGGCCACAUCCAGCUCCGAGGACCUGUCCGGCAGGUGGUGACUUGCACUGUGCAGGGAGAAUCCCUGCUGGCUGUCCGCUCUGACUACCACUGUGCCCUAUGGAAGGUCAGUAAGCAGGGGCAGCCAGCCCCUCUCCAGGUGCUGCAGGUCAAGAAGGGAGCCACAGGGAUCAACCUCAGCCCUCACCUGCCUGGGGAACUGGUUGUCUGCAGCCGUUCAGGAGCUGUCUGUCUGUGGACACCCCAGGACGGGCUUCGGCAAAUAUACAAAGAUGCGGAGACCCUUGUGUUUCGGGACCCCUCUCCUUGGCGUUGGGCCGACUUUACCGCCCACCCUCGGGUUCUGACUGUGGGUGAUCGCACUGGAGUGAAAAUUAUCGACACUCAGGGCCCACCAGGCUGUGGUUUGCUGCUUUUCCGUGGGGGUGCAGAAGCAUCGUGCCAGAAAGGAGAACGUAUCCUGCUAACCCAGUACCUGGGGGAGUGCGGCCCUGAUUCUCUGCAGCCCACACUCCAUCUCAUCUGUACCCAGUUCUCACUCUACCUGGUGGAUGAACGCCUCCCCUUGGUGCCCAUGCUGAAAUGGGACCACAGCCUCCCCUCUGCUCCCCUGCUGGCCCAGCUGCUGCCUCCACCCCACCCCGGCUGCCCGAGGCCGCUGCUCCUCGGAGGCCAGGGCGGGCAGCUGCAGCUGCUGCACAUCACAGGGGAGGGGGUCUCCGCGCCCCGGCUGGCAGGGCCCCCCCAGUCUCUCCCUUCCAGGAGCGACUCCCUCUCCGCAUUCCCUCUGCUGGAGCCCAAGAGUCAGUGGCAGCUGCAGGAACGUCUACAAGCACCAACAAUAGGUCUGGCUGCCACCAUCCUACCCUCUUCCUCCCCACCAGUCCUGUCGCUCUUCCAACUCUCCGCAGCUGGAGAUGUCUUCCACCAGCACUUCCACCUCCAGAAAGACCCCAGGCCCCCAGGUGACCCUGAGCCUAACUUCCAUGCCACGACGGCUUCCUGGAGCCCCCAGGCCACUGCUUGCUGCCGCAGGUGGCUGAAGGCCCUGCUGAAGAUGCCGCUGGCUCCCCCUGUGUGGGCCGCACCCACCUUUUCCCAUCGCCGUCUGCUGGACUUCAAGGAGCAGCAAAAAGUUGAGGGGAAAGUGUCAGAGGGUCUCCGGGCAGCCAUGGCCAAAGGGCGGCUACUGCAGCAGAGGGACCUGGGCUCGCUCCUCACGGCAGAGCCACCCCCAGGCCCGGAGCCGGGCCCCAAGGAUGAGCUCAGUAAGCGCUUGGAGGCAGCCUGGGAAGACCCAGCGGCUGCCUGGUGGGAGCGGCAGCAGGGCAGGACCUCAGGGCCUGGGAAGCAGCCCAAGCGGCACAAGCGUCGGAUGCAGCUGUCCAGUACCUUCUCCUCCCUCAGCAGCCGCCUGGACCUCUCAGGUGCCACCAGCCCCCCUCAGAGCCCAGACCGGAUAUCCCCUGUGUCCAGGCCUCAGCCCCCAGUGACCUUGCCCUCCCAGGAGUUAACCCAGGGUCUGUGGGCCCAGGGCAUCCCCUCAGAGCGGCAGCAGACCCUCCGGGACUAUAUGGCUAAGCUACCCCUUGAAGGGAACACUCCAGAAGGUGCCUCUGUGCCUCCCUCUCAGACCUCCAGCAUCCGGGCCACCCCUUCCAGGCAGCGGACCCUCCGGAACUGCACAGCUGAGCUGCCACCCCAUGAGGACACCCCAGGAGGUGCCUUCACACCACCCUCCCAGACCUCCAAUAUCCAGGCCACCCCCUCCAGGCAGCAGACCUUCCAGGACUGCACAACUGAGCUGCCACCCCACAGGGACACCCCAGGAGGUGCCACUGUGCCCUCUUCCCAGACCUCCAGCAUCCGGGCCACCCCCUCCAGGCAGCAGGCAACUGUCCUCUCUGGCUCUCAGCCAUACCGGAAAAAGCCCCGCAUGGGCUUCUGAGGGCCCAGGGAAGCUGCUCCCCACCUCUGGGAAGCCCUUAGUCCUGGACCAGGUAUGCCUUUUGUGACUGAAACUUAGGGAAUGAAGAGGAACAGUCUCAGGGCUCAGACUUCCUGCUUCCUGAGGGCCACUGUGACUGGGAGACAUUCAAAAGUGAUUUGGAGCCAAGUUAGACAAAUAGGAACAACAAAAUAGCAGUUUCUCCUGUAGUUUGUUCUUUUGCCUGAAGGUAUUUCAGAGGCAGGUUGACAAGGCCCCUGUCCUGAAGGUGUGUUGUCAAGACGCCCUCCAGGAGGCAGUGCUGUGCUUGAAGCAGGGGCUCCAUUAAGGCCAUGGGCUCCACCUCAUGCAAGCUGUGUCCUGUCCGUGUCCCCCAGUCACAGGGCAACAGUGCCAGCUCCUCACCAUGAUUGGUGACAGUGAAACGAGACACUGAGGGGCUACUUGUGGGUGUCAGCAGCUGCUGUGGGCUAGUGUGUGUGUGUUAAGCAAUUUCUGCCAUGAGCUGAUGUUUUGUAGAGGGAGAUGCUUUGGACUCACCUUUAGGGAUUGAAUAAACUUGUCACUUGA